AUGGAGGUCACAGCUCUCUGCAUCAGACUGGUAAUACAUGUAUUAAUGCUUUUAGUUGCAGAAGAUCAGCACUGUUACUGCGCUGAGAAAGCUGAUGCAGCUUUUCUUCGUGUUGCUCCAAACAAGCUCCAGUUCUUUGAAUAUGACUCUAUCUCAUUUGAUUGUGAGGGAUUCGAUGAUUUCACCGAGUGGAGACUGAUGAGGAGGAUCAUGGGAGUCGAAACAAUAUGCAGUUCUAAAUGGGAGACAUCAUGGGGACGUUGCUUUAUUAAAAAUGCCUUUGAAUUAGACAGUGGAGAAUACUGGUGUGAAGCUAACGGAACAAUGACAAACAACUUCGUCACCAUCAGUGUCACUGCUGGCUCUGUGAUCAUGGAGAGUCCCGCUCUUCCUGUGACGGAGGGAGACAAUGUGACUCUGAGCUGCAGAAACAAGACGACUUCUUCUGUCCCUAUAGCUGAUUUCUAUAAAGAUGGCAACUGGCUAAAGACUGGCUAUGAAGGACACAUUACCAUCUACAAUGUUUCUAAGUCUGAUGAAGGACACUAUAAGUGUAUCAUUGGUGUUGAAGAAUCAGCACAGAGCUGGCUGACUGUUAGAGCACCUCCAUCACUUCAUGAAGAUCAUUCCUCUCAUCUCUUCAUCCUGUGCAUCACUGUGGCCUUGUGUUUGGUGGCUCUGCCGUUGCUGUUCAUGGGACUGUGUCUCUGUGGAAGAUACAGAGACGUGAGUUGA